CCAUCCAGAGAGGGGAGUCAAAUCUAUACCAGAAGUAGUAGGAGUCGCCGCCGCCGGAGCUCCAAGAAGGCCCCUUCAAUAACUUGGCGUAAUUAGACAACCAAAAGCUCAUCCUCGCCAUGAGCCUCCUUCAAGAACUCCGGCGGAAGCUUGUACCAAACGCCGUCCUCGCAGCAUGGCCAAAAGCUAUCGGGCGAAUGGAGCGAAUCGAGGCGACAGGAGCUGCGCAGCCGGCGUCGUCGCGGCCGUCGUCUCUUCAGCCUUCACAAUGCCGCGAAUGCUCUAUUUCGUCUACUCAAUCGUUUUUGUGCCGAAUCGAAGGAGGAAUGGAGGGACUAGGGGUCGGUGGGAAAAUAAUCGAGUGGUGGGAGAGGGGUCUCGCCACCGCCACACUCACCCGCAGUGUAAGGAAGAAGAGAGGAAGAAGAUAGAAGAUUUCAUAUCUGUUUUCCCUCUUGAUGCAGGCGAAAGAACCGAGAGGGAGAGAGAGAAAAUAAAUAUUUUUUUAUUUUUUCUGUUAAUUCCACCUCAUGUUUUUAUUGACUAAACGGUUGAUAAGUCAGCUUUUUCGUUAGUCCAGUCAGCACGUUAACUAACACCAUCAAACAAUUGGACGAAAGUGGCUAUUUUUAGUAUUCGCCAAACGUGGCUAUAUUUGACAAAACCGUCAAAGUUUUGACUAUACAAGUGUAUUUGGUCUUUAUAUAAUUAAUUAAUUAGACAUUCGAAC